AUGGAUUACCAGUCCAGCAUUAUCCGAGACUCAACCCCCAUGGAGAACCUGGAGAAGCAGCUGAUCUGCCCCAUCUGCCUGGAAAUGUUCACCAAGCCCGUGGUGAUCCUUCCCUGUCAGCACAACCUAUGUCGGAAAUGUGCCAGCGACAUCUUCCAGGCUGCUAACCCAUACUGGCAGAGCCGGGGGACCACCCUCUCCGGGGGGCGCUUUCGUUGCCCCUCCUGCCGUCACGAAGUGAUCCUGGACCGGCACGGAGUCUACGGGCUGCAGCGGAACCUCCUGGUGGAGAACAUCAUUGACAUCUACAAGCAGGAGUACUCCAGCAGGCCCCUGAAGAAAGGAAAUCACCCCAUGUGCAAGGAGCACGAAGACGAGAAGAUCAACAUCUACUGCUUGACCUGCGAGGUGCCCACUUGCUCCAUGUGCAAAGUCUUCGGAGCUCACAAAGACUGCGAAGUUGCACCACUUCAGAACGUCUUCCAGGGGCAAAAGAUGGAGCUGACCAACUGCAUCUCCAUGCUGGUGGCUGGGAACGACAGAGUCCAGACGAUCAUCAGCCAGCUGGAGGACUCCUGCAAAACCACCGAGGACAACGGCCGGCUGGUGAAGCAGGAGCUGUGCGAGAAGAUUAACGCCCUCAUUGCAGUCCUGGAGGAGAAGAAGAGCGAGCUGCUGCAGAAGGUCACAAAGGAGCAGGAAGAAAAGACCAGCUUGGUGCAGGCUCUGAUCCAGCAGUACAAAGAGCAGCUGGAGGAGUCCACCAAGCUGAUGGAGACAGCGUUUCAGUCCCUGGAGGAGACAGGAGGGGCCACUUUCCUCACAAAUGCCAAGCAGCUCAUUAAAACAAUUGUGGAAGCCUCAAAGGGCGGCCGUCUGGGGAAGAUCGAGCAAGGCUUUGAAAAUAUGGAUUACUUCACCCUAGACCUGGAGCACAUAGCAGAAGUCUUGAGAGCCAUCGACUUUGGAACAGAUGAGGAAGAGGAAGAGCUAAAUGAGGAAGAAGAAGAAACAGAAGAGGAGUCGUCUCAAGAAAGGAAAGUGGAUGGUAAGGAAAAAACGCAGCGGGUUUGUGAUGCGCAGGGAUCCUAG